AUGUCGUUCCCAGAAUCCGACAAAUACUCCCCUUCCAAAGAACCGGAACACCUUACUAUGAGCUCAGCCCCCUCCGGCGACUCAUUGUAUUUGGAUUCCAAUGUUGCGCUCGAACAACGGAGGCAGUCCGAAGUCGAGAUGAAGGCGAAUGAACCUACUUCCAAUCAAACGGAGGAACAGGAAGGUGUUCUCGCGGGUGUGAAACACCAAUUCGACUCGAUGGCUCCUGGCGGCUCGAUUUCAGAGUUUGGAAAUUCCGUUAGCUCCGCCGCCCAAGAGAAGAUUGUCGCUGCCAAGGAUACUCUAAUGGAGGGAGCACUACCUGCUGCGCAAGGAGCUAUACGUACCGUUCAGGGUCACAUUCGCACCAUCUCAGGUGGAUCCAAUGAAGUUGAGGAGACGGUACCCGAGGGUAUGUUCUGGCUUUCAUCAGUUCCCAGGCAGCGCAUAUGA